AUGUAUAUUUCAGAAAAUUUUGGAUUAUUAAUAUGGGAGGGUAAAACAAUAGUUUUAUUUUCAAUUAGUUUCAAAGAUGUUGAAAACCCAAUAAAUGUAUCCCAAAUAGGAAUGAUUAAUUUGCCUGAAAUAAUUAAUGGUGUUAUUAUUUACAAAGAUUCUAUUUAUUGUAUAGAAAAAAAUAUUAUGAAUAUUAGAACUUUACAAGGAACUGUUAAAAAAACUGUAACAUUUCGAGAAAUGGAAGGUGAUCCUAUAAAAAUUGAAGUUGCUUAUGAUAAAUGGUUACUAAUUGGAACAUCAAAAGGUUAUAUUAAUGUUUAUAAUUUAGAAGAUGUUAUGCUUAAGCAACAUUAUCAAUCAAAAUGUAUAGGUAAAGAAGUUCCAUUCUUUGAUAAAAUUCAUUGUAUGAAAAUUAAUAAAGAUGGAAGUAAGAUAGCUGUUACAUGUCAACAAGUAUCAGGAGAAAUUUGUGAAAAAAUUUUUAUUUGGGAUCCAGAAUCUGACUCAUUAAAUUAUUUUUCAUUUGUUCUUGGUAUAACUGAUCAACAACAAUAUGAUGUUGAUGAUGAUAUUCAACAACGAGCUCGAACAUCUAGACCUAAAACAAUGGCAGCAAAAAAAAUUGAACAAGAACAAAGUCGUUUUAGAUUACCCUUUCAUUUUCCAGGAAAUUUAGUUUGGGAUCAUAAUGAUAGUAGAUUAUUAAUGUGUGAAGCAAAAAGUAUUAGUAUUGAGGAACCUUCUAAUUAUAUUAUUUCAAUGUUUGUUACAUCUGAUUAUGGUAUACAGAUGCAAGAUAUUUUUCCAUUUUCACCUAGAGCUGGUUCAUUAAUUGUCUUACAAAUUCCUUAUAUUUAUUUUUUAAGAAAUAUGGAAGUUGAUGAUAAUGAAGGAGAUGUAUUAGAAACUACUUUAGGAAAAAAUGUACUAAAAGUUACUUUGAGAGAAUUUGUUGGAUUAGAAAGAUCUGAUAGAAAAUCAAUUGAUGCUAUGUUAAAUUUUAGUUUUUUUCUUACAAUAGGUCAAAUGGAUAAUGCUUUUAAAGCAAUACAAUUUAUUAAAAGUGAAAGUGUUUGGGAACAUAUGGCAAAGAUGUGUGUUAAAACUAGAAGACUUGAUGUAGCAGCAGUUUGCCUUGGAAAUAUGGGUAAUGCAAUGGGAGCAAAAGCAUUACGCGAAAUAGUCAAAAAGGAAGUCGCAGAAGAAGUAAAAGUAGCAAUGUUGGCUGUUCAAUUAGGUAUGCUUGCAGAAGCAAGAAACUUGUAUAUUGAAUGUAAAAGGUAUGAUUUAUUAAAUAAACUUUUACAAACAGAAAAUAAAUGGACAGAAGCUUUUGAUAUUGCACAUACUUAUGAUAGGAUAAAUCUUAAGAAUACAUAUUAUAAUUAUGCAAAAUAUUUAGAAAAUAAAUCUGACAUUACAAAUGCUUUAAAUCAUUAUGAAAAAAGUGGUAAUGUUGUAUAUGAAAUUCCAAGACUUUUAAUGUCAGAGCCAAAAGCAUUAGAAUUAUAUAUUAAAAGAAAAAAAGAUCCACAAUUAUUUAUUUGGUGGGGUAAAUAUUUAGAAGCACAAGGAAAACAAGAUUUAGCAAUAUCUUUUUAUGAACAAGGAAAAUCAUAUAAAGAUGUUGUUAGAAUUUUUUUACAAAACAAUGAUUUACAAAAAGCAAUUGAUUAUGUCAACACAUUUAAUAAUAAUUCUGCUACAUAUAUUCUUGCUAAAUAUUUAGAUGAACAGGAAUCAUAUAAAGAAGCUGUUGAAUAUUUUACAAAAGCAAAGGCAUAUGGUAAUGCUCAUCGACUAGCUAAAGAACAUCAAAUGAAUGAUAAAUUAGCUAAUUUGGCAUUAUAUGUUGGUGAUACACAAAUUCUACAAACUGCAAAAUAUUAUGAAGAAAUUCCUGGUGAAACUGAUAAAGCUGUUAUGUUAUAUCAUAGAUUAGGAAUGAUAUCAAAAGCAUUAGAUUUGGCUUUUCAAACAGAAAAAUUUGGUGUUUUGGAAUUGAUAGCUAAUGAAUUAAAUGAAAAUUCAGAUCCAAAAGUUUUGGUAAGAGCAGCAGAAUAUUAUUCAGUUAAUCAGGAUGAUAAAAAGGCUGUACAAUUGUUAGCACAUGCCAAAAAAUUUAUGGAAGGUGUAGAGAUGUGUAAAAAAAAUAAUGUAAUGAUAACAGAAGAAAUUGCAGAAUUAUUGACACCAUCAAAAGAGCAAAUGCAUGAUACAGUAAAACGUAAACAUCUUAUAGAAGAAAUAGCUGAAUGUUGUUUGGAACAAGGUAAUUAUCAUUAUGCAGCAAAAAAAUAUACCCAAGCUGGUAAUACAUUAUUAGCUAUGAAAGCUUUAAUAAAAUCAGGUGACACACCAAAAAUUAUAAAAUUUGCCAAUACAGCAAGAAAUAAAAAUAUAUAUAAAUUAGCUGGUAAUUAUUUACAAACUCUUAAUUGGAAGGAGGAUGCUACAUUAAUGAGGCAAAUUGAAACAUGUUAUACUAAAGCUGGUGCAUUUGAUUCAUUAUCAACAUUUUAUGAAACAUGUGGUUUUGUUGAAAUUGAUGAGUAUAAAGAUUAUGAAAAAGGAUUAGCUGCUUUUAAUGAAUCUGGUCGAUGUAUAACAAAAUUUUUAGAAGUAUCAGAUAGAAAUAAAGAAUAUAUAGAAGAAAAACAAAAUGAUUUAAUAAACAAAAUAAAUAAUAUAAAACAAUUUUUAAAAGCAAAUCAACUUUAUGAUUCAGAUCCAGGAAGUGCUUUAAGACAGUUAGUUGAAUUAGCUGAAAAACCUAAUAUAGAUGAAAGUGUUAGACUUGGAGAUAUUUACACAAUACUUGUUCUUCAUAGUUAUAAAAGAAAAAAUUUCAAGAAAGCUUAUGAAUAUAUACAGGAUUUAUUGAAAAAAAAGACUGAAAUAAAAAUUACAGAUUACAUUUCAAAAGAGGUAUUAGAUCAGAUAUGUGAUAAUUUAAAUUUACCAAGACUAGUAGAAAAUGAAAAUAAUUUAUCUGAAGAUGAAGAUGAUAAUAAAGAUGUUGAUUAUUCACAUGCACUUAAAAGAAAUAUUGAUAAACAACAAGAUUCUGAGGAUGAAGAUAUUGAUUUUUAA